AUGACUUUUGUUGUGUAUCUGGAUUCCCAGCACAUUGCCCUUAGGCUGUCCCCCUCCCAGCCAGACUCUACAGAAAAAGAUGCCAAGCCAGGGGAUAAGACUGAGGGCCAGAAAUCAGGAAGUUCUACCAAGCCAUCCAGUUGGCCAGAGAAGAGUAAGAGUACAGCAGGGCAUCUGAGUAGUUCUAAUCCAUCUGGUGCAAAACAGCAUAAAUUCCAAGGAGUUGUCUCCCUCUUUGCUCCAAGACGGCCAGGUGGAGCUGGUGUUAAUCUUGAUGUGCUCUCCCCAAAGUCUCCAGUAUUUUCUACCCCUGAGGAGAAAGUUGACCAAGAUGUGGAAAGGGCUGCCUCGGUGCUCAAGCCACCCCUUAGCCUUGGUAUGAUUGAUGACCCAGAGGAAGAGGACAGUCUUCAGUCCUUCAGACUCACCAGACCUGUUGUACAUCUGCCGGAGACCUCUUUGAAACCUGAAGAAGAGAGCCUUUUCAGGAAGGGAGUUUCCCCUCACAAGAGUCGAAAAAGGCCACUGUACAAAGACCACACAGAGGAUGAGGAGGAUGACCCAUUUUCGUUUACACCAAGAAGUCAGGACAAACCUCCAAAACCAAAGAGGCAGGCUGUGUCACAGAAGGUUGAGAAAGGCAUCAAAGCCACGGAUUACAGUGUGAAAGGAGGCUUACACAUAGCUGAAGAAAGACCAGUGGGUUCACACGAGGAUUUGGAAGGGGGCCCACAUGAAUCUGUGGAAGAAGGUUCACAUGAGGUUGUAGAAGAGGGUUCACAUGAGGCUGUAGAAGGAGGUUCAAGUGAGGCUGUACAAAGAGGUUAUCAAAAGAUUACAUUGGAAAAGUCACAUCAGAAGAUAACCUCCAGUCAACAGCAGAGCGGAGAUAAUCCAAAGGACGAAGCUGUGGUAGAGCAGGUGGAAGAAGAUCUAGAUGUGACAAUCCCUCCAGAAAGUCUGUCUUUUAAGGAACAGGACAAAUCUGCUGAGGCGUCCAUCUGCCUGUCGGAGCACACUACUUGUGACAAGAAUAAAGUUGACGAUGAUGGCGAGCAAGAAACCAUUGUGUAUGAUGUUGAAACAUACACAGGAAUUAAAGUGAAUCCAAGAGGGGAGGCAACUCAAGAAUCUUCUCACACUUCUUGUAAUCAAAGUCAGCCUUCAGCUAAAUACCAAUCAAAACAGCCAGUAGGAAAGGCAACUGUUGUGCCUUCUCACACUGACAGCCCAGUGGUUACUCAAAGUCAGUCUUCAGCCAAACACCAAUCAAAACAGUCACCCAAGUCAACUGACCUGUAUGACUUCCACAGUACCCAAUCACAAGCUGUAGGAGGGCCUAUCAAAGAUCCUAACACUACUCCAGUACUGAUGCCCAAAUCUACUUUCAAGGAAAGCAGCGGUAAGAGAAAGCGGAAGAAGGCAGUAAGCUCUUCUCAUCAGACUAGGGUACGUGGCGCGAGUGUGAGGUCUGAGGUGCCUCCUGGAGCUAGCCUUAGCAGCAGUGAAGAAGCCGAUAAAACCCCUGCCAGAGAACAUAGUGGAAGAUUUGAAAACCAGACUGCUACUGUGCGGCGCAACCCCCGCACACGCCGACUGCAGGAGAAGAAGGAGAAGAAGAAGGUACGGUUAAGCUUAGCGGGUAAGACAGAAGAGCCUGGGGUUGAGGUGGAAGAGCCAGCUCCCUCCACAUCCACAGACGCUGCUGCUCGUCCUUCACAGCUUCCCCUGAACGUGUCAGAAGGAGGACAGGGAGGAAGUUCACAGCCAGGGGUUCGCUGGAAGAAGAUUGUGACCACGAAGACUAGAAUACUGUAUGAGAAACGCCUAAUUACCAUAGAGGAAAGGAAAGACGGCAAAGUUGUGUUCUGUGAAACAAGAGAGGAGAAUGAAGAACCUGUGGUGGAAUGGAAGUCCAUGACAACCCAGGAAGAGGAAGAUUAUCUAUCCCCCGGGCCGUCGCCCUCCCGCAGCGCCAGCACUGUGACCUCUGGUGACCUUGGCGACGUCAGCAGCUCACUAUCUCGCUCAGGAAGUCACGGUUCUAAAACCAGCAGCAGCGGGAGCUUUGACAGGAUGCACUGUAGCCUGGAGAGAAUGUCAUCAUCGGGUCCAUCAUCCCGAGAAGAGCCUAAACAUGCUGAAUCGGCCCCUAAACCACAAACCACAACAGCAGAGGACACGGGUCAUGCUGACCAGCCACCCGCAGUGAGCCGCACUGGUGAUGCCGGGCUGAAAAGUCGACUGAGCAGAGAUGGAUCUGAUGUGUUGUUCACAAGCUCCGAUAUGGACGACAGCUCCAAGCAUGGUCACAAGGAUUUAGACGUCAGCCAUAUGGAGUUAUCUCCAAUUGUAGACGAGGACCCUCCUCCUGUUGUUGGGCCCGAGAAGCAAGCCGCAGACAGUAGUGAAGACAACCGUAUAUCUGGUGGGAAAACACAGAAUGUCAUUAUUUCUCCCGAUGUUUCCAGUAGCAGUAUGGGUGAUCGUCAGGUUAGUGGUGGAUUCACGGUUUUGGAGCAAGGUAUCAGUGAAGAAGAAAGGUGUGAGUCUAACAACCAGACAGGAAGUGGGAUGUUCAAAUCUGGUCAGAAGUCCAAGGUGUCCAGGUCAAGCUCAUGCCACAGCUCCUCCAGUAGUAAAGAUCUGCCUUUAAAGAAGAGAAAAGUCAUUCACGUAGGGGAUUCCCCUAAAAAAGCUCCUUCACUAAAGAAAGGGAAAGCAAAGAUAAAGUCUGACACUAGUGGAAACUCUGAUGACAUCAGCCCAGAGUUCCCUCUCCAAGGGAAGGUGAAACCAGAGUUAGGCCUGCAGGGGACAGAGUAUAGGAGAGUCACCCCUGACACAGUCAGCUCACAGAAAGGAGCCUUAGUGAUAGCAAAAUGGAGAGAUGGUUACUACUAUCCAGGAACCUUAGUUGGACCCAAACCUAAUGACAAAUGCUUGGUAGAUUUUGCGGACGGUGACCAUCUGGCUGUGCGACUUGGUGAUGUGAUAAUCGUGGACAGACUUAGUAUUGGUCAGUCAGUCCUGGUGGAGUCCAGCGAUGGAGGAUAUGAUCCUGGGCUUGUGAUUGGCUACUACGGGCGUGGGACAAACUCGGGGUAUACUGUGGAGACAGAUGACGGUGUCACAAACAGGUACAUGAGAAGUAAGGUGAUCCUGAGUGCAGACCAGGCAGCGUGUAUACUGGGGCAGAGCCCUGACCCAUCCACCCCUGGCCCCUCCCAUAGUACCAGUGCAGCAGAUGUUAGUCUUGACAAUCUUGUGGAGGGCAAACGUCAUUCUAGAAGAGCUCCAGCUCCGGUAACAAAGGGAAAAGGACCAGCAUCCAAGAAGUCCAAAUCAGCUGCCAAGAGUUCAAAAUCAGCCAAGAGUUCAAAAUCAGCUGCCAAGAGUUCAAAAUCAACAGGCUCUGGUGUCAAGAGAAAAUUAUCUGCAUUUGAGCCCUCUCAGACUAGCACUCCAACCCCAACACAGAGUGGGAGGAAAACGAGAAUAGUGGCAUCACCAGCUCCCAAACAGCUGGGAGGGGCUGUAGAUUCACCCAAGACUGUUUCUAGGUCCUCUCGUCGUGUUAGAACAGAAUUAUUUGACGAUGCCAAGGGACCGAUGCCGACGGACAGGUACAUGUUUGAGGGUAUGGUGUUUCUUCUGACCCAUGUGGACAAGACUCUGGAGCAGAGGAGAGAGGAGAAACACUUGUUGAUAGAAUCUUCGUUUGAGGGAUCCACGGACGAAAGUGCUAUUGAAGAUGAGGUGGUUGUACCGUUUGAUAAAGAACAUUUGAAAGCUCAAAUAACAGCAGGUGGUGGAGUCAUUCUGGACAAGUUUGACUUGAACCAGGUGACCAGGGCUCAGGUUUGUUAUCUGGUGUCAGACAGUUACCAGAGAACUGUGAAAUACUUCCUAUGUCUGGCGGCUGGAGUCACCUGCGUAUCACAUGUCUGGAUCAGAGACUCCUGCAAACAGGUGAGGCGCUUCUCUUGA